GGAAGAGGCGGAGCGAAAGGGGGCGCGUCAAGUGGUCCUGGCGCAGCGAAGCCUUAGCUCGCGAGAUUUUGCUGGUUCCGCAUUUCGGGUCUGUGAGGUGGGGUUGGCGGGGGAGGCGGGCGUCGAGGUUUGUAAGGGCUCGCAGCUGCCAGAACUCCGGCUCCCAGCGGCGGCGGCCCGGCUUCCGCUGCCCGUGAGCUAAGGACGGUCCGCUCCCUUUCGCCGGCUCCGAAUCCCGAUCCGGGCGGGGGCCAGAGGCCCCUUGCCUCCCCUCUGAGGACCGGAGAUGAGCUUCCUCUUCAGCAGCCGCUCUUCUAAAACAUUCAAACCAAAGAAGAAUAUCCCUGAAGGAUCUCAUCAGUAUGAACUCCUAAAACAUGCAGAAGCAACUCUAGGAAGUGGGAAUCUGAGACAAGCUGUUAUGUUGCCUGAGGGAGAGGAUCUCAAUGAAUGGAUUGCUGUAAACACUGUGGAUUUCUUUAACCAGAUCAACAUGUUAUAUGGAACUAUUACAGAAUUCUGCACUGAAGCAAGCUGUCCAGUCAUGUCUGCAGGUCCAAGAUAUGAAUAUCAUUGGGCAGAUGGUACUAAUAUUAAAAAGCCAAUCAAAUGUUCUGCACCAAAAUACAUUGACUAUUUGAUGACUUGGGUUCAGGAUCAGCUUGAUGAUGAAACUCUUUUUCCUUCUAAGAUUGGUGUCCCGUUUCCCAAAAACUUUAUGUCUGUGGCAAAGACUAUUCUAAAGCGCCUGUUCAGGGUUUAUGCCCAUAUUUAUCACCAGCACUUUGAUUCUGUGAUGCAGCUGCAAGAGGAGGCCCACCUCAACACCUCCUUUAAGCACUUUAUUUUUUUUGUUCAGGAGUUUAAUCUGAUUGAUAGGCGUGAGCUGGCACCUCUUCAAGAAUUAAUAGAGAAACUUGGAUCAAAAGACAGAUAAAUGUUUCUUCUAGAACACAGUUACCCUCUUGCUUCAUCUAUUGCUAGAACUAUCUCAUUGCUAUCUGUUACAGACUAGUGAUACAAACUUUAAGAAAACAGAAUAAAAAGAUACCCGUUGUCUGUGUCUACUGAUAAAAUUAUCCCAAAGGUAGGUUGGCGAUAGUUUCCAAGUAAGACCUUAAGGACACAGCCAGAUCAUAAGUACUGUGAUAGCAACCACGUAUGACUCCGAUUAUUAUCACAGAGUCAUACCUGGUUGUAAUAUGUGAUGAUUAACCUUUAGUUUAUAAGUUUACUUAUUAUUCUUUUACUCAGUCAUUUCUUUACAAGAAAAUGAUUGAAUCUAUUUUAAGUGACAGCAUAAUGGACAUUAAGCAUUUCCAUCAAUAAUUUAUGAAUACUUUUCCAGAACAAAUUUCCUAAUAACACAAUCAGAUUGGUUUUAUUCUUUUAUUUUACAAAUAAAAGAUGUAUUUUUAAGUAUCCUUGAGAUUUAGAACAUGUGUGUCACUUCAGAUAACAUUUUAGUUUCAAGUUAGUAUGGUAGUGUUUUUAUAGAUAAGAUACGUAUAUUUUUUCAGAAUUCAUGAUUGCAGUUUAAAUCAUCAUAUGGCAUGUGUGGGUGGGAGCAACCAAAGUUAUUUUUACAGGGACUUUAUUUUUUGAUCUUUAUUUGGAAUUGUUUUCACAUCUGUCUAAAUUAUUAGGAGUGUGUAUAUCAGAAGUAAUUUUUUUAUGUCUUCUAAGAAUGGUCUUCUAGGCUUUUAGAAAAGCUUCAUUCAAAUAGUAGCUUUUGGCUGAGAAAAGGAAUCCAAAAUAUUAUAACAAAGUUAGAUCUCAAAACCACUAUUUUUAUUAUUUCAUUAUUUUUCAGAGGCUUUGAAAUUCUGAAUAAGAGAAUGGAGGAAAAUACUCAGAGUACUUGAUUAUUUUAUUUCCUUUUAUUAAAAAAAUUACUUCUAUGUUUUUAUUGUGUCUUGAGCCUUAGUGAAGAAUAGUGUAGAAAUGCAUGAACUUUAUUCUAAUGAGGAUAAAACUUAAGGAAAACCACAAUAAACCGCGAAGGUGUACGCAUCUUACAACACAGCUAAAGUUUUGGUGUGCUACCUAUUCUUGAGAGAGUGAGUGGGUGUAUGUGUUUAAAGGAGACAAAAUGGGAGAAAUAAGUUUAAAAAAAUCCUCAUUCUGUUAAUAUUCAAAAGAUGGACUGAGUUCCCACUUGGGUUUUUAUCUUAAUUGCUUUUGUAUCAAAACUUGAAAUUCCUGUUUCUAUUGGGAUAUAAAAACCUUCCCCUUGAGUGAAGAAAACAUUUAUUUUUUAUUUGGUUCCUAGGAUAUAGUAAACUCUAGCAGUCUAUUUAAAAUGUACUGAGGCUCAACAAUUAUUAUACUGGAAGACUUGCCAAACUGGCAAAGCUUUAAGUUCAUCAGCAUUCUAUGUGGUUCAGAGCUGUGGUUUUGGCAAAGUACUUUACCAACCUCCUUGAUGGCUUUGAUAAAAGUUAGAUUUGAUGGGGCUUUUUUUUUUGAAUUUUUUUCUUAUUCCACUAAACUAUAAAGAAAAUAAUUACUUAGAAACUCCAUUUUAAAUCAUCAUUUUCUAUAAAUUCUUAAAUAUAUACAGAAUUUUAAAGGAAAUAGAACAUUUCAUCUGAUUUAGGUAGCAUCCACAUAUCAUUGAGGAAUUAAAGUGUGGGACAGUCAUUAUGAAAAAAGGAGAGAAAAGUCCUCUAUUAGACAUUCCACAAUCCAUGUUUUAAGCUUAUCCAAAGGUUCAAAUGUCAGCCAUUCUGUAUGUUCAUGUUGAUCAUUUGCAAACAAGAAAGCAGGUUUCUAGAUGUCACUUAGGCUGUGAACUGCCUCUCAACUUUAAACCCUGUUGGCUUUACUUUUUUAAGUCCACAAGGGAUGAAACUAGUUUCUCAGCUCAGCUUAUACAUUCCUCAUUAUUUCUAAUAUUUCAAAUAUUACCAAACAAAAAAAGUUACCUCUUUUCUCCACUUAUUUUCUAAGCCCCAAAGCAAAUGAAAGAUGAUCACAUCUGGAUAGUAGUAAAGGCAGCUUAUAAAUAGGACAUAAAUCAGAAAUGUGUUCGUAUUUUGAUACUCAGACUGUCCUUUUUAAAAAUAAAAAUAAAAACAUUACCAGGUUCCCAAGUCAAUCUGGCUUAACCAACAGUACACCUAAAUAUUAGUGUUAACUCCAAGACUAGGGAGCCAAGGUGGGGAGGAGAAUUGGAGGAAGGGGAGAUAAUGAGAAGAGGAUGGCGCCUUCUUGACUUGGCUAGAAGGCCAACCUUUGAUAACAGUUUGAAGAAAUCAAUCUUUUUGACUCUUCUCACUUUUAUCUCCCAGUGCCCAAGGUUUGUCUGUUCCAUAACACUCACUCCCUUCCCCCUGGCUAAUCAGAAGUCAUCUCUCAGUGUCUGAUCUCUGCUCUUCAUACAUGAUUACAGUCACGGGGUGAAGACUGCUUGCUAAAUUAUGCAAUUAAUCCUAUGGUGCUUUAAUUUUCAGGCCUUCAGAAAAACUUGGACAGUGAUGUACAGAUUUUUAAAUAGUUGAACUUCCUUGUACUACAGUUUUUGUAUUGACAGCCAAAUGUGUCUUUCCUUCUUCAGAUUGUGAAUAAAGUGAUUUUACAGGACUUCCAGCAAACAAAGUAUUUCCUUUCAUUUAAGGCUUGUAGAACCCUAGCUCAUACAGCUGCUUCCAUGAGAAAUGCAAAAUCUGUAUUCACCAUGAUUUAGGUCACAAAGGUGAAGUUUUUCUAGUAGUGCAGGGGUAAGAGGAACAAUCUUGGCGGUAAUAUUAAGUUUUGCCAAUAUGAUUUUCUGAUUGUAUUGUAGGCCUUCUGUCUGCACAUUGAGGUUGUACUAGAAGUAGAGCUUCUUCAAACAUAAUAUCAUUACCUCAUAAGCAUUAAUAAAUCAGGCCCUAGGAGCAUAAGUCCUAGAAAAUUUGUUUUUAAGCAGCCCUAGUUAGGGCGCUGGUGUAGCUGCUGCCUUGUUGUAGGAGCCUGCCUCCUGUCGGUAACAAAGCCUCACCCAAAAAAUGCCCGCCUGGACACCAAACGCUGAGCACCUUCAGCAGGCACAUUAUUUCCCCCUGAGAUCAGUUCAGUAAGUGAAUUCGGUUUGUACUGUUGUAGAAUUCUGGCAAAGAGGUAAAAUAGUAGUCCUUAGGUCAUCCUAUUUUUGCUCUGAAUUUUGAUAUUUCAGACUAAAAGGCCUUGGGGGAUGAUAGCAUAUGUUGUAGCAGUAAUUUUUUUUGAAGCAACUGCAUUGACAUUCAUUUGGGUUUUCUCUGAUUAUCAGAUUCUAUUCCAAGCAAAUAUUCUGUAGGUCCAAAUGGAUUACCAGUGUGCUAUAGACUUACUAUUAAGAACAACAUUCUAUUCUACAUCAAAAAUAGUUUGCGUAAGUUAGUUUUGGUUACCAUCUAAAAUAUUUUUAAAUGUUCUUUACAUAAAAAUUUAUGUUGUAUUUUAAAAUCCUUAGGGGCUUUAUCUAUUUUUCUAAGUCCGUUAACUGUACUUUUUAAAAAAAGUAUUUUGUAUCUACUUUUGUAACUUCAUCAGAAUAAAAUAUAUUGAAAGCAA